AGCAGAUCUGCGCUGCGUGAAGCCAUGCACACAUCUUGACCUCGCCCCAUUUCAACCGAUCACGGCCGAAGCGCGUGUCCUUGCGCCCGCUCCUGGCAUGCGAUUCAAGCCUGCAAUGACGCCGCCGACCCCGACCCUGCAGCACUUCUCCAUCACGAGCGCGGUGCCCCAGGCACUUCCGACCGGCCAAACCCAUACGCGGGACGCCUAGCAGCACGCACCGGUCUUGCCUUUCACCCUACUUUUGCAACAGCCGCCAUUCCCUUGCUAGAUCGAGCGUCCCGACAGGCACUACAUCUCUGCCAGACCUUGCGCUCCUAGCUCUCCUGACGUGGUUCACGCGCGUUUAACCCUCCUCGUAAAGCCGACCUCCCCGACCCACGUGCGCGUUGACGUGACCUCCACGAACCCUUGGGCGCGACUGCCAAUCGCUGUGUUCUCUACAAACACCGUCGGAGAGCGUUUGGCGCAUUCCGUCUUAUUCUCGCCAUGGAGGACGGCAUCAAGGUCGAAAAGGGCGCCGACGCCCACCUUGGCAAUGGAGUCACCCAGGUCAAGGCCGAGGCUGAGAGCGCGGGCUCGACACCAGGUCAUAGCAAGCAGUCCAGAUCACCGAGCAGGUCCCCAAGCGAACAUAAAGCCGGCAGCGAUACUGUCUCUACACCCGACAUCGCCCACCGGCCGAAAUCUACACGGAAAGGGUCGUCAAAGGUACCGCCUCGCCCGGCCGCUCUCUUCGAUCACCUUCCCGACGCGACGGAGGACGCGUGCCAACAAUUCCAAGUCAUCGCCGAUUGUCUCUACGGCUCGAAAUCGCUCGGUGCGACCGAGCACGACCCGCUGGAUUGUGACUGCUCCCCAGAGUUUCGAGACGGUGUGAAUUAUGCUUGUGGCGAAGACUCUGAAUGCAUCAACAGGGCGACGAAGAUGGAAUGUGUGGAUCAGGACUGCAAUUGCGGAGAUGGCUGCCAGAAUCAGCGAUUUCAGCGACAAGAAUACGCAAAUGUGGCUGUCAUCAAGACUGAGAAGAAGGGCUUCGGGCUGCGAGCAGAAACAGAUCUGCAAGCAAACGACUUCAUUUUCGAGUACAUCGGCGAGGUGAUCAACGAGCCGACGUUUCGGCGCCGCAUGGUCCAGUAUGACCAAGAGGGGAUCAAACAUUUCUACUUCAUGUCUUUGACGAGAAGUGAGUUUGUGGACGCGACUCGGAAAGGCAACCUGGGUCGAUUCUGCAAUCACUCAUGCAACCCGAAUUGCUACGUGGACAAAUGGGUAGUAGGCAGCAAGCUCCGCAUGGGCAUCUUUGCUGGACGGGAGAUACAGGCUGGAGAAGAGCUUGUCUUCAACUACAACGUCGACCGAUAUGGAGCUGACCCUCAGCCAUGCUACUGUGGGGAGCCCAACUGCAUAGGCUUCAUUGGUGGCAAGACACAGACACAGCGCGCAACGAAGCUUCCUGACGCCACAAUCGAGGCUCUGGGCAUCGAAGACACCGACGGCUGGGACACGUCUGUUGCGAAGAAGCCCCGUAAGAAGAAGGUUGACGAAGAUGAUGAAGAAUAUGUCAGCAGCGUACAAGCCCGAAGCCUUGACGAGAAAGGUGUCACAAAGGUCAUGGCUGCGCUCAUGCAGUGCAAGGAGAAAUGGAUCGCAGUCAAGCUUCUCGAACGGAUCCAAAACUGCGAAGACGAUCGUGUUCGAAAUCGCGUGGUUCAGAUGCACGGUUAUCAGAUUCUGAAGACCGCCCUGACCACAUUCAUCGCCGACCACAACGUUGUUCUGCAGAUCCUCGAUAUCCUAUAUUCGCUACCACGCCUGACGAAGAACAAGAUCUCUGAUGCGAAGAUUGAGGCAGCGAUUGAGCCUUUGGCGAGCUCGGAACACCUUGAUGUGGCAGAACGAGCGGCGCAACUGCUCAGCGAGUGGAGCAAACUAGAGGUCGCAUACCGUAUCCCACGGAAGAAGCUGGAUGCGUUGUCAUCUGCCAAUCCUCCUGCUGCGGCGGUAAAUGCUUAUGAAGAACGUCGCAAUAUGAGGGUCGAAGAAGCCAACAACAAAACUUUGGCUCCACUGCCCGAUAAUACCCCAAAAGGACCCAAGAGCAGUGUGCCGCAGAGAAACAUGCAAUUCUUCAACCAGCCACGGCCAGCCCACCGGCGGCCUCCUCCCUUACCUCACGGGUGGUUCUCUGCGAUGAAUCCGCAGGGCAUGACUUACUACUACUAUAAAGGCGGUCCUCCAACGUGGCGUAGGCCAACAGCACCGGCACCAGUGCCCAAGAAUGUACAACCACAACUUGCAGCGCUCACCAGGCCUAAGCAGGAGCAGAAGUCUAUACAGGACAUCAUUGACUCGUUGACGAAGACGGAUGUCAUUAGCAGCACGCGAAGAUCUGCAACCCACACUCCGCAACAUACGACGACGCCUGAGCAGCAUACGAAAAAGGAGAAGUGGCGCUCAUUGCCUCUAGACAAGCAGAUGAAGAUCUACGAAAACACGCUCUUUCCCCAUGUCAAGCACGUGAUGGACAAGUUCCGCGGAAAGCUACCAAAAGACGACCUCAAGAAGUUUGCCAAGGAAAUCAGCAAGAAACUUGUUGCGUCUGACUAUAAACACAAGCGCGUGGAAGAUCCGACAACAAUCUCCGAGAAGCAAAAGGCCAAGGUGAAGAAGUAUGUAAAGGACUACUUUGAUCGUGCUGUAGAGAAGUACAAUACGCACGAGAAGGAGAAGGCCGAUCGCGCAGCCAAGGGUGGAACAAACCCCGCAGAUGGUGUCGCAGCACCACUUGAUGUGAUCGAAGCUGGGAGGGAGGAUGAGGACGUUAUCAUGACAGAUGACGAAGACAAGGUCGACGACGACGAUGCUGGUUCCACUCCAGACAGCUCCCAGCUGAAACGGAAACGUGGGGAAGAAGAUAUUUUGGACUCGGCCACCGUGACGCCCUCGGAGCCAGCAUCGAUCAAGAGGCUGAAGGGAGAUGGAGUGGAUGAUAAUGAGACUCCAAGCCCUCCGCCCCCGCCCCCGCCGCCGUUGGAGGGAGAGGGCGGCGAGCAGCAAGCCGCUGAAGAGGCUGAGCGUCAGAAGCUGGCGGAGGAGGAAGCCGCGCUCGAGCGCGAGAACGAGCUCAACAUGCGCGACUUCGAGCGGGAACAGGGCCAGGGCAACGAGACAUCCGAUGGUCCUGCCGCAGCGCAGCAACAGAACGGCACAGCAGGUCAGCAAGGGAUCCUGGGCCACUGAAGUUGUCCCCGCCGUUACGAUGCAAUCGUCACAACAAGUCGAGGCCGAUGAUGGUGAGGAGGACGGUGGACACCAGCUGCGCCACCUGAGAGCACAAGGAACCUAAAUACCGCUUGGUGCUUGCAAUCCAGAUGCCCGAACCGUGCAAUCUGAGGCCCAAAGCAUCACAAUAGAGUCGAAGAGAUAUAUAAAACGUAAUUCGCAGAUGAAGGUGGCAUCAUUCCAGAGGUAUCGAAGCAAUUAUGGCUGCCGCCCGGGGCAUGGGGUGAAAACGCCCAUUCGAACCACAGCGACUGCAACAGGGUCGUAUUCUCCAUGUUUUUGCGUAAUCUACAAUGCGAUGUAGUCCACAGCAGAGCACAAUAUCAAUCACCACUCAUGCCCAACAGCGACUGGCAAACAAAGAGAGCUGGAGAUGUGGCACACGCCAUG